AAGUUUUCCCAUCGACCUCGAUUUACUCAAUGAUGUGGCCAAACGUCAAACGUAUUGUCAAAAGACUUAAAAAUGUUACUUUUUAAGUGUAAUAUAUUUCUGAAAUUCUUAUUUUUAGUGUUAAUAGGUUUAGUGAGUGCAGAAGUUAAAAUAUCUGAUAAGAGAUUAUGUGUGGACGAUAAAUGUGAAGUCCCUAUAUCGGAAGGAAAAACCUUGUUACGUUAUAUUAGCCCCAAUAAAAAUAUUUUAUCGUUUGGUUCGAAUGAAAAAGUUACAAUAUUUAGUAAAUCUGCAGGGUCUAAUCCUACCUUAUGGGGUGUAGAAAUAAAUGGUAGAAGAGGUUAUAUUCCCCAUGAAUAUAUUAAAGAGAUGAAACCUUUUCGUACAGCCGAAAAGUUAGUAGAUACAGAAUUUGUAAGUAAUUCUCCUACAAUUGAAGUGCCUUCUGAAGGACCUAAACCAACUGAAUCAGUUGUUAACGUGAAUCCAGAGCCUGUUAAAAAACCUUACGAAAUCAUUGAUGGUACAAAAGUACCUAUUGAUGUAGAUGCUCAUUCUGAAGAAAGUAGUAGUGGUAAAUCUAAUGAAAGCAGUUCAAACUUUGUAGCAACUGAUAACAAAAAACAAUCAGAUGAAAAGGAGCUAAAAAAUUCAAACCAUGAUUCAAAACCAAAUGGGGGAAAGGAUACAAAUGAAAUACUAAGUGAUAUUAUUACAAAUACUGUUAAUUUUUUGACUAAUGGUGAUGACAAAAUCAAGAGACCUUUAGAUAUUACUAUAAAUAAGAGAGAGAAAUAUGAAGAAGAGCAAGAAGAUGAAGAAGAAGAGGAAGACGACGAUGAUGAUGAUGAUGAUGAUGAUAGUGAUGAUGAAAAUAAAGAUGGUGUGAGUGAGGAGGAUGAUGACGAAGAGAUAGAGAAUAAAGAGAAAAAUAAAAGAGAAGAUUCAGUAUCAAAUGAAAGUUCCAAAGCUAAACUACAGUUUAGAAAAGAUUCUUUAAAAACAAAAAAUAAUAAAGCUGAAAAUUUAGAGAAAAAUUUCACACAAAAGACUAAUACUGAGGACACCAACGAUUCAACACUAGAGACAAAUAAAGGCGAAUCAAAACAGUUCAGUGAUAAUUUAACUAACAAUUUUACUAGAAGUAAUGGAAAGGCUUUAGAUUCUGAAAAUCAAGCAUUACCCAAAGAGACAAAAGAUAAUAAAAAUAAGGGCAAAUCUUUAAAUAUUGCUUCACCUGAAAAUAUAAAAGAGCAGCAUGAGAACAAGACAAAACAACAAGCUGAAAGUAUUCUUAACACAAAUUCUGCAAAAAUUGACGUUUUACAACAAAGUACUAAUGAUUUAGAAGAAAUAUCCGAAGUUGAAGCAAAUAAGAAUUCUAAAGCUAAGCUAGAAAGCAAUAUUGAAAGAAAUCCACUACAGUUUAAUCAAGAAUCUUUAGAAACAAAAAGUAAUAAAAUUAAAAAUUUAGAAAAAGUCAUGCCACAAAAGAAUAAUACUAAACAGAUGACCAAUUCGACAUUAGAUAAAAAUGAAAGGAAGUCAAGAGAUUUUAGUGGCAAUUUAAGUAACACUAACUAUUUUACUGAUCAGAAAUUAAACAAAGUAGGAGAAAUUACAGUGAAAAAUACAAUAAAGUCAGAUAUAAACCAAGUGAAUAAAGAAGAUUUAAAAAGUUCAAAUCAAAAAUUGCCUCUAAAAUUACAAACUGAUGAAAAUUUUGUAAAACAAACUCCUUUUUUUGAAAAUUAUUCAAAAAAUGAAGCUAUUGAACUGGAAUAUAAUAAUUCAGCCCAAGAAACUAUUGAGUUAAAAAAUAAUCUACAGGAUAAUGUAAAAAAUGAAACUUCUGACUUAAGUGAAAUUCAAAAAGAUGGUGGAAAGUCUUAUGAAUUAAAAGAAAAUCAAGAAAACAAAAUUUUAAUAAAUACAAAUACUAAUAAAGAAAUUCCAAAUAUUUCAGAAACUUCAACACAAAAUAUUCAAGACAAUUUAACUCAUAGUAUUUCAGAAGAUUCAACACAAAAUGUUGAAACUUCAACAGAAACUAUUCAAGACAGUUUAACACAAAAUAUUCCAGAAGAUUUAACAAAAAAUAUUCAAGAAGAUUUAGCACAGAAUAGUAACGAAGAAUCAGCAGAUGAAAUGCGUACUACUGAUAAUAAUAAAAAUAAUUAUUUGAAUGUGGCAAAUGAUGGUUUACUAAUAUCACAAAGUUCAAAUUUGAAUACAGAUAGUUUAAAGUCAGAAUCAAACAGUAUUCCUGGAAGCUUUUCAAUCCAAUAUGACGAUGAUAAACAAGAUGAAAAUGAAAACUUGAACCAUAAAACAAGCGAUGAAGUUUAUCAAAUAUUUCAUGAUAAGAGUAGUUUGUUAUUUCACAAAAAUAGAGAUAAUGAGCUUUCUGAAAGUGAGCCACAUGCUGCAAGUGAAACAGAGCAGGGUAAUGAGUACUGUCUAAAAUCAGAAAACCCUGAAGAUUGCGCUUUGGGUACGAGAGAUUCAAAUUCUGGAAAUGAUUUCUUUCAAGAGACUAUAAUGGAAUUCUUAUUGAACCUUCCGAACGAUGUUGUCUCCACUGUAUUAAUAACUGCUUUAACUACAAUACUGUUCUUAUUGGGUUACAUUUAUAUUGAUAAGUCAAAUCGUAUAAGACCUCUAAUUGCGAAAAUAAAUAAAUUAGAAAAAGCGCUUUUAUUAGCAGAAGAAGAAAACAAAAUCGCAAAAGACAAACUGUUGCAAGAACUAAAUAAUAAAGUAAAUGAUAACAUUUCAAGCGAUGCUUUAGAUUCUCUACAACAAAAAUUAGAGGAUGCACUUAAUGCUAAAACAUCAUUGGAAGAACAGAUUGUAAAUCUUGAAAAAGAAUUGGAAAAUUCAACAGAAGUUGGUCUAGAACUUAACCGAAUGUUGUCUGACUUUUUAAGUUCACAAGAUAGUGAUGUUUUAGUUGCUAAUAUUGAACAGUUACAACGUCAGCUUGUAGAGCAACAAGGUACCAUUAAUUCGUAUAGUGAAACACUGAAUGUUAAAGAAACAGAAAUUCACGAAUUGAGACUCGAAUUAGAAAUAAGCAAUAGUAAACUUACGGAAUUGCAAAAAGAAAACGAACGAGCUACUGCGAAUCUUUUGAAAAUCGAAGAAGAAAAAUACGAAUUACAAAACAAAUUAGAAAGUGAAGUUAAUGCACUUAAGAGGCAUAUAGAACAGCUCACUAUUUCAUCUACAGCACAGAUUAAUAAAUUAUCUGAUGAACUUAAAAUAGUACAAAAGAAGGCCGAAGAAAGUCAAAGAAAUGCCGAAUUGAAAACUAAAGAAUACAGUCUUUUAAAAGAAAAUACACUGAAAUUAAAAACAUUAAAAGACGAAGACAUAAGUUCACUAUUAGAUGUUGCUACAUUUAAAGCUGAACUUGAAUUAUUAUCCAAAGAAAAGCAUCUGCUUCUAGAACACUGCAAACAAAGUGAUGAAGUUAAGGAUUCUAUUGAAAAGCAAUACCAAAAAGUUGUUAAUGAAAUGCAAACUCUACAACGUCGUUAUGACGAAGCUGAUAGAGAGAAACUGGAAGCUCAAACUAAAUUAGAAGUUUUAGAAAAUUAUUUCAAGGAGAGAGAAACAAAUCUUCAAAAGGAAUUGGCUAAACAUGAAGCUAUGUUUAUGGAGAAGCAGGGAGAGACUUAUUCAAUAACAGAAAAGAUUAAGUUUAUGCAAGAGGAGUUACAAAAUUAUAAAGCUCAAAAUGAGUCCUUGAAACAAGAAAUAAUGGAGCAAGAAGUACAGAUGAAGAGUCAAAUUUCGUUAUUAGAAAAACGAGUACAUGAGAAUUGGGUAAAUGCGAGACAGGCCGAACGUAAACUCGAAGAAGCCAAACAAGAAGCCGCUCAAUUACGAAACAGAUUAACCAUACGAGAGCGGACGUUACAAGAAGAAAAAUACCAAAACAGACUUAAGUCGCCUCCGGAACAAAACGGGGAAUUACCAGUUUCUCCUACUCCGGCAUCUCCUCCUUUAAUAUUCGGUGCUCGCGAUCUUACAACCUCUCCUCCCCUUCAAGGCUUACCGCCGCCGUUUUUGCCCCCUCCACCCUUUAUGCCUCCUCCUAUACCUGGAGGUGUACCGCCACCAUUUAUGCCGCCACCCUCUAUGCCACCCCUGCAAGCUAUGUUCCCCAGCGAUCGACGACCUGCUCCAUUAGGACGAAUGUCUUCCCCACCCAUUGAUUCCCGUUAUUCCCCUGAUUCUCGCGCCUAUUCCCCCUACAGUAGAAAUAGUCCCUCUCCAACUUCAGAUGAUGACUAUUGCCACUCACCACCUCCUCUACAUAGAGGAUAUAGUCCUAUAAAUAACAGGGAAUCUAAGAGAGAAUAUAGAAGAUCUCCUGGUGCUAGUAAAGUUUCAAGAAAUCAUAAAGGUUCCAUGCAUAGUUCUGGUUCAGCGAAUUCUAACGAAUCCUUAGAAAAGAUCCCUAGAAAGCCGUCAAAAGUUUAGUAAUGAGCUAAUACAUUAGGAUAUUCUUGAAUGGCUUUUAGACAUUUCCUAAAAAGCAUUUUUUGUAAGUUUGAGUCAUGCCAUUGUUAUAUUUAUGUACUUUCUAUUUUCAAAUUUCGAUAUAAAAUUAUCGUAAAUGAAUUUACAGUAUAAGAUUUAAGUUUUGCAGUGUGAUAAUUUUCAAAUUAUACUUGUAUGUAUCCAAGAAAUAAUUGCUUUAAACAGUUUACAGUAUUUUUUUAAGCAUACAGCCGAGGACCUACAAAGUCUAAAGCAAUUCAAUAAAAAUGUUAACGACUGUACAGUGAAUUAAUAUAACAUGUAAAUUUGUAGCCAUCGUCCUGGUAUUAUAAGACCAAAUUAUUAAUCAAUAUUAAAUAUAUUUUGAGAACGUAGUAAAUUUAGGAAAUGUAUAAAAAUUAAGGCAUUUGACUAUUUAUAAGACUUCCAUUCGCUGUGGUAUGUGCUGUAAGUUAUCUUGAUUUUUAGGCGACUUCCUAACACAUGUCGUUAGUGUUGUCUGCAAAUAUUUUUGUAGUUUUUAUAAUAAACCAAAUCGUAAUGUAUAUAAAAUCUACGAUUAUUAAAUUGUAAUGUUAUAAUUUAAUAAUUAUUAGACGCUGUAUCGUUUAACAUCUACUGGCGAUUUGUUAAUAAUAAUUUGAAUAUAUUAUGAACUAUUGUAAAUAUGUCUAUAAAAAGAAAUAAAACAUUUAUAUCGAU